AUGAGUCAUAUCGAUAAUAUAAGAGAUCAGUUGGAGAGGAAGGACUAUCAAUCACUCUGGUGCACUCCAAGGUUGGAACAUCUGUGGCGAACACUCAAACAUUCUGCCACCAGUUAUCAAAGGUUGGAGAAGGAACACAAGGAUGUCAGCACUCAUUUCGAAGAGCUAUUCAAGUUGUUGAUGGCUCAGGAGCACAAGGUCAAGUCACCAAUCAAUGCACAGAUGUCGACCAUUCAACAAUUGAUCAACGACAUCACCGAUGAGAUCAUGUUUGUAUAUUCAACGCGCAACAUGACUCCGUACACCAACGAUCAUCUGAACAAGAAUGAUGAAUGUAAAAUCGAACAACUCUCAACUUUGAUCGAGUCGAUAUCUAAAUGUGACUCUAUUGAGCAGUUUGUGGACAUCAACAACAACAACAAGACAUCGGUUGCUAGAGACGACUGGGAUGGUGACAAUGACGAAUCUUUGCCCCCCCACGAAACUCAAUGA